GACUCAACCCCUGGUGUCCUACGCGCUUGGGAUUCUUUUGGAAAGAUUUAUGGGUUCGAAGGGGCUGCUGCUGCUCACGAUUCCCAUGGGCGUCGACUUGCCGACACUUUGGGACAGUGGUGUAACAUAAAUGAUUCUGACAAGCUCGAGCAGGCUGAAGUCAUCCGGUUUGAAGACGAGGUGAUCCAAGGUGGACCAGUGGUGUUGCCCGGGGCAUUAAAUUUGCUUGAGCAGAUUAACGCGGGAAGCACCUCGUCAGCAGCUGGUUGGACAAUAGUUACUUCUGCUACAAAUAUAUACACGCCCCGAGCUCUUGCGGCCUGUAAAGUCCCCGUCCCUUCAGUAGGAUACGUGACCUCCAAUGAUAUCCAAAACGGAAAGCCGCACCCUGACCCAUACCUUGCGGGCGCGAAGAAAUGUGGCAUCGACCCCACAAAAUGCUUAGUGGUAGAGGAUGCCCCCUCCGGACUCAAAUCAGGACAUGCAGCCGGUGCAAAGACACUCGCAGUAUGCACUUCACACACUCGCGAGCUCAUCAGGGCUUCAGGCUCAAACCCAGAUUUCGUUGUGAGUGAUCUGACUCAUGUAUCGGUAACAUGGAAGGAUGGCAGGCUAGUGGUUGAGAUAGAUGAAUCGCCGUGA